GAGAUGGGCCCGCCGGGCAACAAGGUAAGAAAAUGGCAACGACGACAGAACCGGUAAACGGCACCGUCUUGGACCAUUUUGCACUCGUGGACUGCGAUAUCGGAAUUCUUUCUUUUCUCCAUCUCGCCGGGAGCGCUUUAUCGUCUGCUCUGCUUCUUCAGUCUCCGGAUAGCGAAAGUGAAGCUCGCAACUGGCGACCGGUAAAUUGCUGCGAAGUCUCAUUCUUCUUCUGCUUCCAUCUAGUCUUUUCUUUUUCUGCCGCUGGUCUGUGCAACUGUUGCCAGUAUGGGAGCUCCGAAACCGUACACCAGGUGUUUGAUGAAAUGCUCGACAGAGUUGGUGUUCAAUGUUCAUUCGCCUGCGAGUCUGCUACUGAUUGCUUAGAGACUAGCAGAACUAGAUUCAGGAGUUCACAACUGUUAGCAAGCGGAGUUGCAUCUACAUUUCCUGGAAGUAUGCUUACCAUGAGAUACUCGCUUUCCCCAUGGCUUGUCAAGACUUACCAGAGCUCCGUUAAACUCUCACCUGUAGCAUUGCCAUCCAAACCUAGUUCACUUGCCACAGUAUGCUGCUACUGUUACAAUUUGUCCCCGUUAGCUGCUACUCAAGUUCAUACUGUGUCAAGCCCAAGUCAGGACCACCAUUCCUCUGCUGAAAAGUGGGAACCUUUCCGUAAGAAGAAAGUUGUUCUGCGAGUUGGCUAUGUUGGUACCAAUUAUAGAGGUCUACAGAAGCAAUACGAUGAGCAUUCGUUGUCUACCAUUGAAUCAGAGCUGGAAGAUGCCAUAUUCAAAGCUGGCGGGAUUCGUGAGAGCAAUUAUGGGCAUUUAAGCAAAAUUGGAUGGGCUAGAAGCAGCCGUACAGAUAAAGGAGUCCAUUCGUUGGCUACAACAAUUUCGAUGAAACUGGAGAUACCAGAGAAUGCAUGGAAGGAGGAUCCUUAUGGCAUUGUUCUUGCUAGGACGGUUAACUCUAAUCUUCCAGACAGCAUCAGAAUUUUCAGCAUUCUACCUGCUCAGAAAAGCUUUGAUCCUAGAAUGGAGUGUGAUUUGAGGAAAUAUUCGUACCUUCUUCCCGCUGAGAUUAUUGGUAUCAAAAGCUUUUCUACUUCGGCUGAAAUUAAUGAGCACAUAUCAGACUUCAGGAAGAUGCUAAAUACCUUUGAGGGUGAUCAUCCUUUUCAUAACUAUACGGUCCGAGCAAAAUACAGGAGAAAAAGUCGUCGAAACAGACCACCUGAGAAAAUUGGACAUUUCUCAGAGGGAGACCGAUCAUCUGUUCAGAUACUAUCCUCGGAUAGUGACCAUGAAACUGAUGAAGAAGAAGAAGAAGAAGAAAUGUGUGGCAUUGACGGCAAUGUUCCUUUAGAUCACUCUGAAGCAGUUUCUAGUCAAAGUGGUGAUCUGUUGAAGGAUCAGAGCUCAGGUGUUGCUGUCCGUGCAAGAUGGCUACACGAACCUGAUGUGAGAGACAGAAUAGGUGCUCCACACUUCAGAAGGAUUAUUCACUGUUCAUGCAGAGAGCUGGAGAAAUCAUCUGGACAUGACUUUGUUGAGAUUUCUAUAUGGGGGGAGUCUUUCAUGCUGCACCAGAUCCGGAAAAUGGUUGGAACUGCAGUAGCAGUAAAACGUGGGCUGCUCCCAAAGGACAUCUUAACAUUGUCACUGGCAAAAUUUUCAAGGAUUGUACUGCCGCUUGCUCCUUCAGAAGUUCUGAUUUUGAGGGGAAGCAAUUACUCGCUGAGGAGAAAAGCUCGAGAAGGGACACGGCCCGAGAUGCAGGCAUUGGCCGAAUCAGAAGAAAUUCAAAGGGGAGUCGAUGAAUUCUACACUAGCAAAAUGUUGCCAAAAGUGUCUCAGUUUUUGGAUCCAUCUGGUUCUCCUUGGUUGGAAUGGGUGGAGAAGCUGGAUGAACACACACCUAUACCGGAUGCAGAAUUAGAUCAAGUUAGGAGCGCCUGGAAGGCAUGGAAGGAGAGCUAUCCCGGUAGACCCAGCAGCAUUGAUUCUGGCAACUUGUAAACCCAAUUGGUAUUUGCACUGCUUUUCUUACUCUUCGAAUUUGUGAGCUUGAUUUGCAGUGAUUGUGGUCCUGAAUUGUUUUUUUUUUUUUUUUUUUCCCUUCCAGAACCGGGAAAAGUGUCUUGUGAAUACCAGCAUUUUCCAUUUCUUCUGCCAUUGUGAGUCUGCUCUGGUACGCUUCAUAACUGGUACAUGUGCUAUUGGUCUGCAGCAUUUCAGGAGUUCUGGCAUGGUGUGAACUGUGAUUAGACUUAUGGCCGCCCAAGCGAAUUUUUUGCACCUUGCGAUGCCGCUACUCAUGUGGAAGCUAGAGGAGAAGCGUAAGCAGCUGCUUCUACACCAAUUCCAUUUUGAUAGAGACAGCAGCAGUUGAAUGUUAAUGUUGUGGGCAUGGUCGCAUGGACGGUCACGGUUCAGUGCUAUUAAGAACACUGACCAUCUUGACACUUGAAUGCUCUCAUGACUCACUCAGUGACGCUUUGGCAUACAUACCGAAUUACCACCUAAUUCACAUUUGGGCACUUAAUUAAGACGGACAAUUUUCGGGUCCUUUGUCUGUACUACAGAAAUUGUAUUAGGACGGUACACAUCAUUUGUUUUAAACAAGGUUGUUAACCCGUGGGUUGACCCGGACCCCGUUGAACUAGUGGGUCAAGGGUUAAUGGGUCACCCGUUUUAGCCCAGAAAUAUGGAAAAAGUAAUUAUAUUGUACUUAUCCUGAUAAAUUAUAUCAAAUCUCAUCUAACAUAUGACUUAUAACAUAUAAUAUUACACCAAAAUAACAUUUCGUACUUAGAUUCAAUAUAUAGUGAAUUCACACACACUUAUAUAACAUUAAUAUUCAAAUGUUCAACUUAGGAUUCCAAAGAUUGAGUUAGGCGAAAAGAAAAAUCGGAAAAUAGGCGUAUUUCUCAAAACAAAGAAAAAAAUGACACAAUUUGACCUCCAACCAGGUACCUUGUAGCGGUCGACCCGGCGGGAGCGUGCGUCCCAUUUUUUUACCGGGUCAUGGUCAAAUUGGGUCGACCCGCGGAUUGACAACCUUGGUUUUAAACGAACACAUCUGUGUAUCGUGUAUCACUUAUCCAUUUCUAGAUUGUAUAUUUGUAGGGGGUGUUCAAAAGGAUUGGUUACCGGGGUAACCAUAUUAACCGGUCGUAUUCGGUUAAUUUGGAUUGGUUAAUUUGGAUAAUUGGUUUGGUUUGGUUAAACAAUUUAGCUUAUGUGGUUUAGGUGAUUUGGUUUGGUUUCAACACUUCUAACCAGUGGAACCAAUUAACCAAUUAAUGAUACACCUAAUAUACAAAAUUAUUUAUACAUCCAUGCAACCAGCCAAACCAAAUUUUCGUGAUUCCAUAUUUUAUUUCCAUGUGCACGACAUACCAAAACAUUAUGGGUCAAAAAUUAAAUGAGUCUGUCUAUUUACUAAACCGAAACAUUUUGGACAGCUACUAGACUUUUAGAUUAUGUACAAUAUCAUGACAGCCACUUCAAACUAUGAAUAGUUUAAGUGUUUUGUAGAAGAGCUUUAACUUCCUGGUGAGGGGUAUUGGUAUAUUUUUGUGUUAAGGGAUUUGUUGCAAUCUAACUAUAUUAGGUGCAGAGAUGAUGAAUGAUAUAUUAACUCGAAUGGUGAUGAUAAAUUGAUAAUCAUGGA